UGCUAACAUCAGCUUCAUUUUUCUUCAAUCAGUUUAAAAUGCCGACCGAAGUGGCCGACAGCCCCACUCCAGGCCUGUAGGGGGCGCUGUGAAACAGUUCCGGUCACGCUGCGCUUCCUGUCACCUCCGUUGUUAGCACAUGUUCAGGAGGAGCAUCGUGAGGCGCUUCGGAACCGAGUGAACCUCGGGAUAAACUGGUGAAAUGACAGAAAGCAAAGCGGAGUCCGUCUCGCAGCGGCCCAGAGAGCUGCUGGCGCUGAACCCGGAGCUGGAGGUCGAGUUCAAGAAGAAGGUCCAAGAGGUGAAGAAGAAGAGCCGCGGCGGAAAGGGGAGCCGUGUAACUCCAGGUGUGGUGUACGUCGGCCAUCUUCCUCUGGGGCUGUUCGAGCCGCAGCUCCGGUCCUACUUUGAGCAGUUUGGGACUGUCCUACGCCUGCGGCUGUCCAGGAGCAAAAAGACCGGCGGCAGCAAAGGUUUCGCUUUCAUCGAGUUCGAAAGCGACGAGGUGGCGAAGAUCGUCGCGGAAACUAUGAACAACUACCUGAUGGGGGAGAGGCUCAUCAAGUGUGAGGUUCUACCUCCAGAGAAGGUCCACGAGAAGCUGUUCGUCGGGUCCCAGAGGAUGUUCCGUAGGCCGGCCCGGCCCGCUGUGACCCGGUACAACCGGAACCGCUCGCCAGAGCAGCUGGACGCCAUGACCCGCCGCCUGCUGAGGAAGGAGUCGCGACUGCGCAAGAAGCUGGCUCAGCAGGGGGUCCAGUACGACUUCCCCGGAUUUGCGGCCCAGAAGAAGACGACCUCCGCCGUCCUGGAUGCUUCGUCCUGCAGCGAUCAGACCACGCCCGUCUGUACGCCGUCCUUCCUGGAGAGGAGGAAGUCCACGGUCGUCCUGGACGAUGAGGAGGACAGUGAGAUCAUCCUGAAGAUGCCGGCGGCAGACAAAGAUGAUGAUGAUGACUGCAACAUGGAGGAAGAGGAGGACUCUGACAGCUCUGAGGAUGAAGAGGAGGCCCAGUGAAGGGUUUCAGUGUUUAAGGCGGACUGGGACAGUUUCUACCUCCAGACUGGAGCCAGAGCGACCCGAUUGGUCCAACAGAACCGGCUAGUCCAGGCUCGCUCUGCCCACUGGCUGCUCUGCUUCCUGCUUUAUUAUUAUUACUAUGAUGAAGAGUCUGUUCCUGUCAGUCCAUUGGAGAAUAUUCCCUGGUUCUGCAGCAGAGAAGCAGACUGGUCUGAAAUCUGGGCCUGAUCUGGACCAGCGCAGGGAAAACAUGGGCUGUGUCACAUGACCAAACAAGGACCGCAUGAACCCCAAACCUAAAACAAAAUAGGCCACACAUGUUCCCUGCUGGUCAGCUGGUGAUCCAGUGGACCAGUCAGAACCUUCUGGGCCGUCUCAGUCAUGAUGCUGGUCCAAUGAACCCAGAUGGAUGUUUUCAGACCUAAGAGCUCUGAUCUGCUGCAGUGCUAACAGCAGUUUCAUGGUUAAGGCGUUAGGAUCUGCAGCUGGGCGUCGUUCUGCUGUGCAGUGGAUUUUAGCGGGUCAGAAGCAAAGAAUGAAACAAAAACAGGGAAAUAUUUCAGUUUAAUAAAAUAUUCAGAGAUGCAGCGAUCAGAUCCCUGAUCGACCAGAUGGAUCCUCUCAGUACGGCUCAAGCUUCAUUAUUAAUUCAAUGUUAAAGUAAAACUGUAAAAGAAUAAAACUUUCUGUGGCAAUUCAUCAUAAGGAAUUGAUUUCAUAUUGUCUCCUUGGUAACUGGGCCACUGCUGGAUCCUUGUAGAAGGUGGUUCUUCUGGAGCCUACAGAGGGAUGCAGCUCUUUAAAAAAAAACAUGUUUAACUUUCAGCCAUACAUUGACUUAAAUUAGUUUCCAGUCUUUUUUUUCUUCUUAUAAAUAAAAAUCGUUGCAAAUAUG